AAACAUUACUUCAACUGGGUAACACACUGCUGGGAUCACCAGAACCUCGACUGGCUUGGGCCCAGUGAAUGCGGUGGCCGGGAAUACACUUGCCAGACUUCACCGGAUAGGAUGGCGGCAGAGAUAGAGUUUAAUCUCAAGUUAAUUAAAGGAGAGUUAAUAUAUGCCAGUGAAUAUCCAGCAUACAAGCUCAAAGGACAGAACGACACUACUGACAAUGUUAUGUUUCGAGGAGACCCCGAUGGUCUUACCGAGCGCUUCUCUCCCCACAGCCUGGUGCCUCCUGAGAUAUCAGGUUUAUGGCCUCAGUCGGUUCCACCGCCUCCAGGAAGAAGGCCCAAAGCAUUGCCUAAAAACACACCCAUUUUACGCGUAUUAGAGUCUCACGGUAUCAACAUUGUCACAGGAGACAACUCUAGAAAGGAGUUGAGAAACCAAAACAACCCGCACCAUGGAAUUUACACCACCUUGGAAGAGUACGGAGUGCCGGGCAUUCUCAUUAUCCCCCGGUGGGCCCUUGCCAUAUUCUACAACACUCACGAGCCCAAUCUGUACAUGGAGGCCUAUAACCAACUAAAUGCUUGUAACUGGACGACUGGUGAGGAGUGUCGCUUAAGUGGUAACUACAGUUUUGAGGAAGCCAUGGAGAGACAAGCACGCGUGACCACGACACCUUGGCUCCAAUUCCGAGCAGAUCCAUUUAUGUUUCACCAGCUAAACCUCUACUCCUUUCCCUACAACGGAAAAAAUUACUCUUUGGUGAGUCUCUGGGCUGAGAAGGCUUUAAAACACCUCUUCAUGUAUGUGGACAAGUUGCCUGUUCAGUCUCCUAAGAUGGACACAACCGGAAGACAUUAUGUAGAUCGGAUGAACAGAGACUACUGCGGGAUCGAGGCCCGCGCAGGAUAUGACUCGCAAGGCCAACUGCAAAACAUCCAGUACUGGCCGAGCAAGACGGACUGCCUUUCUAUUCUGACCACGACCGACCCCGAACUACAGAAAAUGUUCAAAACACUCGGCUACGACUUCGAAGAGUACGGACCUGAAACAACGCUGGAAGUUCCACUCACAGCAGGACAUGGAAAGAUGCUGACACUACGUAAUCAUACCUGUAACGACACGUUAAUGCAAUAA